AUGAAACCGAAAGCGGCGGGGGUUGACGAGGGCCGGGGCGGCGGCCAUGGCGGGGCAGCGGCUGGGUGCCUUCCCGCUGCUGGUGCGGGGCGACUGGGGCGCCGCCGAGCCCUCGCCCGCCCUGAGGAAGAAGCUGCUCUGCUACUUCCAGAGCCAGCGGCGCUCGGGCGGCGGCGAGUGCGAGCUGCGGACGGGGACCGGGGGCCUCCUCGUCUGCUUUGUCCAGCCUGAGGUGAGGCGGCGGGUGCUGGAGCGGCGGGUCCAUGAGGUCGACUGCGGGCCCGGCGGGCGGCUGUCGCUGCUGGUCACCGAGGUGCCCGCGGACGGCGACCCCCCGCAGGAGCCGGGACGGGCCGGCGGGGCCGAGGCGCCAGUUAAUGAACCCCAGGUGUCUCCUCCUACCUGCCAGAAUAAGGAGGCUCCUGUGCACGCUCAGCAGGAGAAGUCAGAAUCAAGUGAGAAACUGGAAGUGGAAAAAGCAACUUCUAGGAGAUCUGCCAUACUAGUAACCACUGCCUCUGGGGAGGAGAUAGAAGAUGAGAUUGUGGAAAUGUACUUUGAAAAUAAAAAGAAGUCUGGUGGGGGGCCCAUCGAGUCCUACAUCAAAAAGGAUCAGCAAAUGAUCAUCACCUUUCAGGACGAGGAAGAUGCCCAAGAAGUUUUGCAGAGGAAGCACCACUCGGUGAAGAAAAUCGAUCUGUUUGUGAAGCCGUGGCAAGCAGACACCCCCGAGGAGCCAUGCCAAGUGGAGGACUCGCAACGAUCCCAGCCUUCUGCCGUAGUUGUGCUUGAAAAUGUGCGGGAGACAGUAAAAGACUGCAUGUUAAUUAUGCUGGUAGAGAACAUCAGUGGCUUGUCAGAGGAUGACGGUGACUUCAGUGUGGAAAUGGUACCUGAAAUACGUGCUGCUGUAGUUACUUUUACUGGAAAUAUUGCUGCAGGGGAAUUCGCUAAAAAGCUUAACCAAAACCACAGAGCAAAGCAACAAAAUAUUACUGCACGGUGCCUUGAGCUAACAAGAAGUGUUAGGGCUGAAAAUAUACCACCGAACACAGCCAGUGACUAUAUAACUGUCUACUUUGAAAACAAGAAGAAUGGAGGCGCGCAAGUGGUGGAUGUUCAGCAGCUGCCUGAUGAAGAUGCAGCUAUCAUUACAUUCGGUGACCAUAAAGAUGUAACCAAGAUCUUGGCAAAGCAGCAUUCGCUCAACAAAACGCCAAUCUCUGUCUAUCCUUACUACAUCUCGCUGGGAAUAGCUCUAUAUGGAAAGGAAGGGCCACAAGUAAAGAAGCCAGAUCCAAUUACGGUGCCUCUGGAUCCGUAUAUCUGGUACUACUUGCAGAGAAAUAAUAGUUUAACUAAGGCAAUAACUUGUGAAAUGGCAAAGUGUAAUUGUGUGCUAACAUGGCCUGAACCCAAGUGUAAAAACCCAGAAGUUACUUUGCAUCCUUCAGCUGCUUUGUCUGAGCAGAAGAGAUUAGUAUUUCGAUUGAUCAAGACAUGGAAUGGAAAUGUUUCCGUGGCAUUUGCAAAUAGUAUAUCGAAGUACAAAACAAUUAAAUGUCAAGUAAGCGCAGAGGUGUGGGAAGCCAUUAGAAACGGCUUUACCCACGAUGAAGUUACGAUUAUCCCAUAUAUUUCCAAGAAUUUACUUGUUCUAGUAGGUGAAGAAGAAGUUGUGAAGAAUGUUGAACAAGAACUGAAGCUUCUGAUAGAAAAGGCCACCAGAAAAAUUGAAAGAGAAAAGCAAAAAACUGAAGAAGUGGUGCUAAUGGGCCCAGGGGAAUAUGCAAUUUUACAGAGUACUGGUCUUGAAGAAAAAAUUUGUACAGAGUUCCCAGCCCUGCAGAUAACUUAUGAUCAUUUUCAGAAGGUAAUUAACCUAUGUGGAAUGCCUGAGGAAGUUUAUAAAGUAAAAGGGGAAAUAUUAGAUAACGUACGCAACAUGGCAAAGAAAACAGUUAAUGUCCACCCCUAUAUUUUCAAGUUUUUAGAGCAAAUUGAUAAUGAAACCCUGUCACAGAGCCUGUUUAUGUCAAAACAAAUUAGUGCCUUUUAUGAGCUUGGCACAGAAGCUGUCAUCUUGAAAGGGAGCACUCCUCAAGAUCUCCUAAAAGCAGAAGAAGAAAUAAAGAAGGAACUGGACUACAAAAGCAUUACUUUGGAGGAUGAGUCAGUCCUCCAGAAGAAGGAAUGGAGUACGCUCACGAAGCGAAACUGCACUAAUGAAGAUGUAACAGUCAUUCAUGCAAAGUCUCAGGUCAUCAUUACUGGUUGUUCUCAAGCAGUAGCAAAAGCCUUUGAGGAACUUUCCAACUUUAUAGAUGAAAACACAGAAGUAGAAAAGGUCAUUGGAGGAAAGCCCAUGGCAGUCAUCAUGUUUUUUGAGAAAGAGAAGAACAAUGUUUGGGGUGGCUUACAGAAUAAAGGUGUGAAAGUUGACUUUAGCACACAGAAGAAAUGUAGAGUUAUAUCCUUGAGUGGGCCAAGAAGAGAAGUGCUGAAGGGAGCCACCUUAGUUGAGCAAAUUCUAUCUGGCCUGCAUUAUAAGCGUGUGGUAAUUAGAGAGCCAGGAGCCAAGUCAUAUUUCAAAGAGCGAGAACACUUUUUUGCUGCCACUGCGAAACAGGACUUUAAGUGUCUAGUCAGGCUGGAAGAGCAGUCAGAAGAAGAGCUAGAAGAACAGCAAGAACAUAGUAAUAUAGGCAAGCCCUAUGGGCAGGUGACCAUAGGUGGAGUGGUAAUAGCUGUUUAUAGAGCUGACUUGUGCACUUAUCCUGUUGAUGUUGUGGUAAGCGCAUCUAAUGAAGACUUAAAACACAUCGGUGGCCUUGCGGAAGCACUGUUCAAAGCGGCUGGUCCAGAGCUGCAACAGGAGUGUGAUGAGCUGGUGAGGAGGAACGGGCGUUUGCAGCCUGGGUGCGCAGUUAUUCUCGGCGCUGGGAAACUCCCCUGCAAGAAUGUCAUUCACGCCGUUGGGCCCAGGUGGAGGAAGGAUGACCCAGAAAAGUGCGUGUUCUUGUUAAGAAAGACAGUGAAGAAGAGUCUACAGCUAGCUGAAACAUACAAUCAUCGUUCCAUAGCUCUGCCUGCUAUAAGUGGAGGGAUUUUUGGCUUUCCAAUGGAACUGUGUACGUAUUCGAUUGUAUCCUCCAUCAAGGAGACCUUGGAAGAAUCCAUGGGGGCCAGCAGCUUGAAGGAGGUUCACCUUGUGGAUAUUGCACAAAACAACGUUCAGGCUUUCUGCAAGGCACUGGCAGAAGUGUUUCCAGAUUCCUACGGGUCACUGCAUCAGACCAGUACAGUUCCUCAGCCUAGGAAAAGAAAAAUUACUGAAAAUAGCAAGAGCUUCCCAUUGGUAACAACUGAGGAAGGCCUUGACAUCAUACUGAGAAAAGGAAGCAUUGAAGAUGCUACGACAGAUGUUGUUGUCAUCAGUGUUACCAGAGAUCUCCAGCUUGAUAAAGGGCUGCUCUCGAAAGCUUUGCUGGACAAGGCAGGGCUAAUGCUUCAGAUGGGCUUGAAAGAAGAAGGCCAAGGAAAAAUACCUGCGGAAGGAUCUGUGUUGAAAACAAAAGGUUACAAUCUGGGUUGCAGUGUUGUGCUUCAUGCUGUCGUACCUGCAUGGUCCGAGAAACAAGCAUCUACAAAGGUCUUGGGCUACAUCAUCACAAAAUGCCUGCAGAUUGCUGAGGAACUGUCUUUAAAGUCAAUUACUUUCCCAGCGAUUGGGACAGGGAAUUUAGGAUUCCCAAGGUCUGUUGUUGCUAAAUUACUGUUUGACAAAGUGUUUGAAUUCAGUAAUAAAAACGGAGUAAGCUCUCUUGAGGAAGUUCACAUUCUGUUGCACCCGAAAGACACAGCAAAUAUUCAGGAAUUUUCAGAUGAACUCAAAAGCAGAUGUGGAACUACUGUAGAUGUUAAAGUGCAAAAGAGUUCUCCAUAUAAGGCUAGCGAAGACACAGCUCUCCCUGGUGCCUCUGCAGCCUCAGCACAGGAUGUAUGUGAAAUGACGAUUGGCUCCAUUGUGUUCUCGGUGGCAGAAGGCGAUAUUACCAAAGAAGAGGCAGAUGUCAUUGUAAACAUAACAAACCAAACCUUCAGCCUUAAAGCAGGUGUCUCCAAAGCCAUUCUGAACGGUGCUGGAAAAGCAGUUGAAGAUGAAUGUGCUCAACGAGCCUCACAGCAGAAUAAGAGCUAUAUCAUCACCCAAGCAGGAAAGCUGCCGUGCAAAAAUAUAAUUCAUUGUGUUGCCCAAGAUGAUAUCAAGAUGCUCGUCACCGAAGUGCUUAAGGAGUGUGCCUUCCAGCAGUACACCUCUGUCAUCUUCCCAGCAAUUGGGACAGGUCAGGCAGGCCGUGAUCCAGCUGUAGUGGCUGACAACAUGAUAGAUGCAGUAACUGACUUUGCAAGGAGUAACUCUGCUCCAUCUGUGAAAACUGUUAAAGUUGUCAUCUUUCAGCCACAUCUGCUGAGUGUGUUCCGUAAAAGCAUGCAGAAAAGGGAAAACCCUGCUAAAACAGCAUCCAAGUCAUUGAUUUCCAAGUUAACGUCAUUCUGGAGCUCUGAGAAACCUUCCCCAAAGGUAAAAACCAAAGCGACUUUGGAGAAGAAAAUUGAUUUGGCUGUUGUGCAGAUUUGUGGUGAAAACAAAAAGAAAGUGGAAGAAGCUGAAAACUGGUUGAAAAGUGCAAUUUUAAAGGAACAGUUUCAAAGAGAAAUCACAGACGAGUUUAUCUCUCAUUUCGGUGAAGCGGAGAGCGAGGAACUGCGUGACCUACAAAAGAAAUUAAAAAUUGCUCUUCAUUUGGGUAGUAACUGUGUUCGAAUUUCAGGUGUUGAGAAAGAUGUCUGGAUUGCUUAUUCAAAUGUCCAGGAAAUGAUCCACAGGGUAAAAGCUGCUAAACAGGAAGAGAUCAGGGCAGAACUCUUUCAAAACCUCAUUGAGUGGAAAUAUCUUGGAAAGGACUCCUAUGUGCCCUUCGACAGCCUCACAAAUAUGCGCUUGGAAAGUGCUUUCAUGGGGAAGCAGAAAAGUGUUUCGGUUGUCAUUGAUAAGAAAAAAUACAGUGUGAAUAUAAAUGAUAAAUAUGCUGUGGAUGACCAAGGAAACCGUACACCCAUUGUACGUGUUGAUAAAUCUGAAGAUCAAGAGUCAACAGUGCCCCCUGCAACGUGGGAUGAUAUGCAAAACCAGCGACUCAAGAUAGUGGAACUAAAACCAGAAACAAGAGAAUAUAGAGAUGUGCAGGAAAGGUUUAUGAAGACCUGUCAGUCAUUGAAAAUUGAAAAGAUUGAGAGAGUACAGAACCAAUUUCUUUGGAAGACCUACCAAAUAAAAAAGCAUGAAAUGGAUAACAAAAAUGGCAACACAAAUAAUGAGAGGCUUUUGUUUCAUGGGACAAGUAAGGAGUCGAUAACCCUAAUUAACAACCAUGGCUUUAACCGGAGCUAUGCUGGAAUGCACGCUGCAGCCUUUGGAAACGGAACGUACUUUGCUGUUAACGCCAGCUAUUCUGCCAGCAACACCUACUCUCAACCAGAUAUGAAUGGGAAGAAGUACAUGUACUUGGCUCGAGUCCUUGUUGGAGAAUAUUCUCAGGGGACAAAAGGAUCAAUUACUCCAGCACCAAAAAAUACUAGUAACUCUAUAGAUCUGUUUGAUAGUUCAACUGAUAAUGUGAAGAAUCCAUCCAUGUUCAUCAUAUUUAAUGACAUUCAAGCUUACCCAGAAUACCUUAUCACUUUCACUAAAUAAGCAUUUUGAUUGCAGCCAAGAUUGCAUGUCUUUCAGCCUUUGUGAAACAAAAUACACAGUGAGAACAAUAAAUAUUUUUAUCUAAUUAAAUUCUUAAAGCCUCUUUAUAUUUAAGCAAGCUCUGGCAAUGUUUGAUAGCACUGAAAUAGACUGCUUGCUUACACUUGGAGUAGGUGAGCAGGUUUAACAGUUGAACUCAAUAUUUUACUGAAAACCGACGUUGGAUUACGGAUCAAGUCUUUUAUAUACUGUAUUGGCCUUUCCGCCUAGCCUUAUGGACAUCCUGCUCGCCUAAGGAUUGGAAGGGAUCUUCUUGCAGCCACUGCCCUCUUGAUGUUGCAUUUCUGAUGGCUUCUUACACUCUGUAAGUGAUAGUCUGCAUCAAGAUUUACAAUA